CAGGAAAAAAAAUAAGCAAAACAUAUUUUUAUUGUGUUUAGUAAAAAUAUUUCCCUUUACGUUUUUAUCUUUCAAAUUUUGGUCUGUUUGAAUAACAAAAAACAAAUAAAGGAAAAAAAAGAGUGUCCGAAAACACCAGGCAACAGUGUUGUUUGUGUGAGGGGGGAGUAAGGCAUGGUGCCCAGUUGUGCGCAGGCGCAGUGCUGUGCCUCCCCCCUCUCCCGACUAAUCCAUUCAGUCUCCAGCAGGACCUGUCAGCGAUGACGUCAAUCAUGUGGAGCUAGCCAAUGGUAGAGAGCGGUUAUUGUUGAGCUCUCUGGGCAGUAGCAGUGUCUGUGAAUCUCUAUUCAGUGCCUCAAUGCUUCCUGCUGCUGCUUCUCAAGCGUAGGGGAUUCCACUUAGACAUAAAAGAAAAAAAAACUUGAAAAAACUUUCGGGAAAAAAAGUUUUUAUUUUAUUCUUUUCCCACAGACAGGUGAUUGUAGAAUUAUCUGCAAUAAGUGUGGAGGCAUUGGGGAACACAGUGAUGGACCCUGCAUUCUCCAAACGGAACCCGGCGCUGAGAAUAGUAGACUUGGCAGGGGCUCAUCAUCAUCAUCAUCACCACCACCCCCCUCAGACUAUGACAGGCUUCCCGGGGUACGUGGGUCAUUCCCACUCAAUGGCUCAUGUGCACCCUGGGGAGUAUGCUGCUGAUUCUCGCCUAGGGCCAAGUCCUGCAUUCCGGCCAGAACACAUGGGGCAUCAUCCAGCGGCCCUCAAACUCAGCCCUGCCCAUAACCACCACCACCAUCACCACCAUCACCAGCACCACCAUCAUAUGGCAGGCCAGGCUGAGGCUGCCUCCAGUCCACCAGGAGCAUUUGUCCCGGCUCCCUCAGCAGCUGUCUCCUACUCCAGUAUCCCCCACACAGCUCAGUCUAUCCCUGCAGGUAGGGACUUUUUAAUAGGCAGGGAUCUGACAGUUCAAGUGAUGCCAGGGCUGAGUGAACAGCACUCUGCGGCAACAUCUCACCAUGGCAUGUUUGUCUCAACGACAGGUAGCUACCCCGGGCAGCAUGGCCACCACACGGAGCCUGGAAACCAUCCCUACUUCUCUGGACCUCAUCAUGAGCAGCAUUCCCAUGCAACCCCAGGUGGCCAGCCUCUAAACGGACAGAUAAGAUUGGGGCUACCUGGAGAUAUGUACAGCAGCAGGUCUGAUCAUUUCACUCAAUCAGUGUCUAGGACAGAUCCUUUCUCCUCUGCAUCUCUUCAAGGCUACACUGGCAUGAACUUGAAUAUGAACCUUGCUCCUCACCACGGACCGGGUGCCUUCUUCCGUUACAUGAGGCAGGCGAUCAAACAGGAGCUCAUCUGCAAGUGGAUAGAAGACGAGCAGCUUCCCAAAAAACUUUGCUCCAAAACUUUCACCACCAUGCACGAGCUGGUCACCCAUGUCACGGUGGAGCACGUUGGGGGACCCGAGCAAUCCAGUCACAUCUGCUUCUGGGAAGAAUGCGCCAGAGAAGGCAAGCCUUUCAAAGCCAAAUACAAACUUGUUAACCACAUCAGAGUCCACACGGGGGAAAAACCCUUCCCCUGCCCAUUCCCUGGCUGUGGGAAAGUCUUUGCCAGGUCAGAAAACCUGAAAAUCCACAAAAGAACUCACACAGGUGAGAAACCCUUUAAGUGCGAGUUUGAAGGCUGCGACAGACGCUUUGCCAACAGCAGCGACAGAAAGAAGCACUCCCAUGUUCACACCAGCGACAAGCCGUAUAACUGCAAAGUGAGAGGCUGCGACAAAUCGUACACCCACCCCAGCUCAUUGAGGAAACACAUGAAAGUGCAUUGCAAAUCUCCACCUCCCAGCUCAGGCUAUGAAUCGUCCAUCCCUUCCCUGGUGUCCCCUUCCUCUGAUUCAGGACAUGACCCUGCAGCCACCUCUUCUCACCCUGAGCGUUUGUCCUCCACCCAGGCCAACCUGAGUGAAUGGUAUGUGUGCCAAAGCUCAGGGGCAACUGGCAUCCCUACUCCCCCUAGCCACACGCCUUCACCCGAGCAUCGAAAGGCCUCCUACAACAACUGUGACUCUAGACCGAAUUACUAGGACUGAUCUCAGCCCAGUGCAACUUGCUUGAGGUUUACUAAAUGAGAAAUACUGUGUUUUAUAAUGACUGAAGUGAUCGCCCUUGUUUGUGCCUGUAAUGGAUUAGGGAGUGGGCUAAUGUGACUGGUGGCUAGCAUAAAUGCACAGUGGACGUGAGCACAAAAUCAAUGCUAUAUGUGUGUG